AUGACUCAGGAGCAGUACAUCCUUGCGGCGCAGCCAAACCCGCUCCACCAGCGGGGGGCGUCGGUGUGCGGCACCCAGGUCUACCCCGCGGUGGGGAUCUACGGCUGGAGGAAGAGAUGCUUGUACUUCUUCAUUCUCCUCCUCCUCGUCACCAUGAUCGUCAACCUGGCGCUGACCAUCUGGAUCCUCAAAGUCAUGAACUUCACUCCGGAUGGCAUGGGGAAACUGCGAGUGACAAAGGAGGGCGUCAGAUUGGAGGGCGUGUCUGAAUUCUUAUUGCCUUUAUACGUCAAAGAGAUCCAGUCUCGAAGGGACAGUCCACUGAUCCUCCAAUCAGACAGAAAUGUGACAGUAAAUGCUCGAAAUGACGAGGGACAGCUGACCGGUCAGCUCACCGUGGGUUCAGAAAUGGUGGAGGCCCAGUGUCAGAGGUUCGAGGUGAGAAGUACAGACGGAGAGAGGGUUCUGUUCUCAGCAGAUGAAGAGGAGAUCAGCAUCGGCACCGAGAAACUAAGAGUCACAGGGAACGAAGGCGUGGUGUUCAGCCAUUCUGUAGAGACGUCACAUGUACGGGCAGAACCGUUUCAGGACCUAAAGCUGGAGUCGCCAACUCGGACCCUGACCCUGGAGGCCCCCAGAGGGGUGGAGGUCAACGCUGGAGUGGGAGACUUCACAGCGUCCUGCAGGAAAGACCUCCUUUUACAGUCGUCAGAAGGAGAGAUCUUUCUAGAUGCCAACACCAUCAGACUGGGCAACAUUCCCCUGGGCAGUGCUGUUGACCCCCUGGAAGGGGCGCCGGCAGGGACCACCUACACCAAACAGACUGUGUACGAGCUUUGUUCCUGCGCCAACGGCAAGCUUUACCUGUCCCCAGCUGAGAAAGGCUCGACCUGCCAAACAACCAGUAACUUUUGUCUCUGGAGCUGAGAGCGGGAGAGUGACAGACACCUGGGACGUACGGACCAUUAGAGUUUGAAGCUAAUGCUAGCCAACAGAAUGAAUCGACUUGGAUUAUGGCCUGUUGGAAAGCUUAUGCAAGCUAACAGACCCAGUCAUCGCGGAUUGCAGCAUGGGGAGAAGUUCAUGUCCGUUGUUCAAUCAAAUUUUGUUGGAUUAGAGGUUGGCCGAAAGCAAAUGCUUGCUAACAGGCCAAAUGAACAUGGACUGUGGCUAGGUGUGAAGCUAAAGCUGGCCAAAGAAUUGACUCGUAAUGGACUAGAGCUUGAUGAUAACCUAUUGCCAGCUCACAGACCAAAUUAAUAUGGAUUGGUCAGGAGCUAACGCUAUCUGAAGAGAUGGAUGACUUAGCAGAAAGCAAAAGCUAACCAGGUUGGCUAGUUGUUUAAUGCUAUGACCCCUCAUGGACAUGGAUGGACGGUCUCAUUCUGGGGCUCUCACUGACUGUCUUUAAAAUUGUUGAAUUGCUGCCAUGAUGGUGUUUGAAAGCCACAUGGAAAAUAAUUGGGGGUUAUCUGGGAACAACAAACUCAUUUACAACAAUAGUGAGUUGUUUGUUAACUGUAUAACCAAAAUGUGUCAUGUAAUGUGUCUGCUUUUGUUGGGAAAUAAACAGAUACGAUAAUGGACUGCAAACACGCCAGCAGAGACGAGGACAUGGAGAAGUCAGCAAACAGAGCUCGUGUGGACCUUGGUUUAGCCCUAUGGGUAGCUUACAAGUAAAUCAGACAAUGGUUUAGUCUAGUGGGAAGCUAAGGCUAGCUAACGGACCAAUCUAUACCAGAAAGGCCUUCCCCCACCUCCCUCUCUAGUCUUUCAAUCCAAACACUGAUAUGUGACUCUUCCACAUUAAUCUGCACCUGAUAGUGAAAAGGCUCCCAAACCCCGUUUUCAUUGGAUGACAAAUGCAAAUAAUGGUGAUUUAACCUUGCAUUCCUUGCUUUUCCCUCAUUUUUUCCCCAGUUUGUCACUUUUUACCUUUACUUUUCUGUGGUUUUUAUUUCCUUCAGAUCAAAUCUUAACUGCUUCCUGCUUAUCGCUUGGUAUCUUGGUCAUUUCACUUAUCUUUCUCAUAUUUCCCUGCUGCUGUUCUUUAUAGUUUCUCUGUGCUCUAGUUAUUUUGGUCUGUCUCUGCAGGAAGAAGCACGAGACCGUUAAAAAAUAAGAAGUUAUUCCGACCACACGCUUCUUCCAUUUGUAUGACUGGACAAAAAAUGUCCUUCUUCCACCAGACAAGUAAAACAUUUUCAAUCAAUCAGGAGAGACUUAAUUAAGAGUUGAAUUUUUAUUUAACACAUUAGGAAAUGUCUUUUGCGAUUACACUCCGCCAUGAUGACUUCAUGCUUUCUGAGGGAUAGUGAGGGCAACAGCAGAAUAGGAUACCCCCUGAUGGAUUCUAGACACUGGUGGUGGUUGUGAUACCCCCCUGAUGGAGUCUAGACGCUGGUGGUGGUGGUGAUAUC